UAUGAGCUGUAUUUUUGCCACCAAUAAAAAAUGUUCUUAUAUGAUCACAAUCGCCUUUUUCUUGAAGGGAAAAGGGAAAUUUUAAUGUAUAAAUAUUUUUUUGUGACCGUCGGAAUUGUAAGUAUGUCCCGAAAAAACAUUUUCGGAAUUUUUGUCGUCCUGUACAAAAAUUGUAUAUAGCUCCGCCCCAUUUAUCAUGACCUGGCGCAUGACCUCAGAAAAUCUGAAGUUCUCCGCGCACAAUGGAGGGCGGUGAGAAAAAAAGUAGAGGUAGGAGGGCGAUUUUAAGCGAAUCGGAAAAGAAAAGACGAAGGAAAGAUGUUUUAUCCAACAUAAAUAAAACAAGAAUAUAUAUCGGCUGUGAAAUCGAUCGUUGGAAUAAACUUCGGGAGACGCUAGAGGGAAAAACACACAUGGAAACAGCACGAUUUCUUCUGGACCAUUAUGAAUCUACGAAGCCUGUCCGUCCAAUUGAUCCAAGUGUAUCGCCAUGUUUUAACACCGUUGGCGGUAAUGUUACACCUUUCCGACCUGGACCAAUCCAACCAUCAAAAUUCGACCCUAAACUAACAUCAACUCCUGGAACUGAUCCCUUGCACACCCUAACAGAUGCAGUGAACAAUGAGUCUUUUGGCUGCAUGUCAGGAGUUGAAGAGAUGGGAGCAUCAGACUCAGAACUUGAACAUACUUUAGACAUCAAUUCGAAGGAGUGUACAUCAAAGAAAAUCAGUCUUGGAAGUAGUUUUGUGGACCCCUUUUCAAUCACCAUUGACAUGUCUGAACCUGAUGUUCAAGAAGAAGAUUCAUCAGACGAAGACUAUGAACCAAGCAUCACAAUCAAUUUAAAGGAUGAGCUCGAGGAUGUCAGUUCAGACAAGGAUGAAUCCUCAGACAGUGAGGAGGAGUCUGAUGAAGAAUUCAAUCCAGAGUUGUUUAAUGUAGGACAAGGCAUAAACCAUAUAACUUCAGCAAAUGAUGUCAAUGAUGCCAUACAGAAUGUUUUUAUGGUUUUUGAAGACCAGCUAUUAUCCCUGGCAAACACUGUGGUGCCCAUGACUUGUACCUCAGAGGGUUGUUUAUCCAGAGUUGAGCUGUCUACAGAGUGUGUGGGUUCAGCUGUUUACAUUCAUUGGAAAUGUAUGAAUGGUCACAAAAUUCAUUCAUGGUGCUCACAGCCUCUACUGAACAAACGUCUCCAUGCAGGAGAUCUCCUCUCAGCAGCCAGCAUAUUACUGUCAGGCAAUAAUUAUCAGAAAAUUGCACAUUUUGCGAAAUUUUUGCGACUGCCAUUUCUAUGUGCCACUACAUUUAGCAAGAUACAAAAGACCUAUUUAAUCCCAGCUGUGGAUGAGUAUUGGUGUAAUCAUCAGGAGAAUAUACUUGCAAACUUUCGAGGAAGGGAUAUUGCCAUUCUUGGAGACGGACGGAUGGAUAGUCCUGGCCAUAAUGCCCAAUAUUGCACAUACACGUUCAUGGAAAACAGCACAAAACAGAUUCUUUGUGUGAUUACAAUGGACAAAAGGAUGACUGAUCGCAAAAGUACUAAUCUGGAAAAGGCAUGUUUUGUUAAAGGACUACAGUUUCUUCUUCAAAAUGACAUACAGGUGAUAGAGGUUAUCACUGAUGAGCAUUUGCAGAUAUCUGCCCUUAUGAAGAAAGAAUAUCCUCAAAUAAAGCAUUCAUAUGAUGUAUGGCACGGUACGAAGAAUUUGACAAAGAAGUUGGUGGCUGCAGGACAGGAAAGAGGGAACAGACUCCUACUGCCUUGGAUUAAAGACAUUGUCAACCAUUUUUGGUACUCUUCAAAGAAAGCUGAAACAUACGAGGAAUUUAUUGGAAUUUGGUUUGGCAUUCUUCAUCACAUUGUUGACGAACAUCAGUGGGUGUUACCCUAUUCAACUAGUGGUGUAAAUGGCUGUGAGCAUGAUGAUUUGGAGGAACACGAGUAUAGAGAGUCUAAGGAAUACAUUCAGAAGGGUAGUCUUACCCACGAAACAUUGAGGAGCAUUAUCAUGGACAAGAGAUUACUCAACAAGAUUCCUUAUUUUUUAAAUUUUCGAAGCACAGCGGAACUGGAAACAUUUCAAAGUUUAAUCCUUAUGUACACCUCUAAGAGAGAGUCACACAAACCGCCAGCAUAUAGGGUUAGGAACAGACUGGCAGCUUUGGAUUACAACAUUCACAUUGACAGACCAGUCUUGCUGAACAAAAAUGGAGAAAUUAGAAGGCAGAGGAUUUAUAGCAAAAGGACUUCAGUGUGGUACUAUUACCCUGUGAAAGAAGGAAAGGGAUACCCCCAUAUACCCCAGCUUAUGGUGGAAAUUGUGAGGAAAAGAUUGUUGGAUCAUAUUGGGAUGAACAGGGUUGUACCCCUCGAGCCUGAUGAUCCCCGAUGGCUGUCAAGUACAUUAGCACCUAUUCCACCACCACCAACUGAAAAAAUUGCCACAGAGCUGAAGUCAAGAUUUCAGUAACAGAUCUGUGCAUUAAAAUUGGAAACACUGAUGAUCGAUUUGCAGAAUAAAUUAACUUCUGUGUAGUUUAAAAUUCAGUGAAGUACAUUCCUUUUUCAAAUUGAAAUGCAGCUGGAUUUUUUUUUUCAUUUGUGACACAGUACAAUAUGUAAGUGCAAUAUCAUAUUUCCUGUAUUUAAUUUGCUAAAUAUAAAUGUGUGUCUGUGUGUAUACCUAAGUUUUUUAAAUAUAUGAUAAUAGUUGGAUAUAGAUAAUGCAUUGCUUGUAGUCUUUUAUGAUUUUGGAGUAAUGGAACAUUCAUUCAUCAAAUCUUCUAAUGACAAACUGAUAUACUGGUAUGCAAAGUUUGUGUGGUGUACAUGUAUUUGUGUAUUCUUAUAAUAAUGA